CAAAUUACUUGACCCUCUCUUUAAAAUGAUGAUGAGCCCUCCUCGCCACCAGUGACAUCUGUCAACCCAAGAUAAAACAAUAAAACAAUGCCGAAUUUAGAUGACCUGCUCGUCCACAUCGGAGAUUACGGACCAUACCAAAGGAGAAUCACUGUCCUCGGAUCUCUGCCGGUGCUGACCUUCGCGUUCGUCCUCGUAGGAGUCGUGUUCUUGGGGAACACUCCCGCGCACUGGUGCCGGACCUCCGGGACAGAGCGCAUCCAGGAUGAAUGUGACUGGACAGACAAGGAGCUGCGUGAACUCACCGUCCCGCUGUUGGAUGAGUCGGGGCAGGAUGCAUUGGGUGCCCUACAGCCGCUGCCAGAGGUUCGAUGUGGCCUAGAAAUUCUGGAACGGCAGCCAGAGCAACUGCAGUGACCUCACCGACUCACCCAGUUACCGGUAGUCGCGUGCGACAGCGGCUGGGUGUUUGAUCCGUCUCGCACUACUAUCGUUUCAGAGUUUUCCUUAGUGUGUGAGGAUUCAUGGCUAGCAGAUUUGAUUCAGGUGUCCCUGGCUGGAGGGUUCUUCAUUGGUGCUUUUGUCACUGGAUACUUGGCAGACAGGUUUGGAAGGAAGCCCUGUUUCAUCCUGUCUAUGUUUGGCCUGGGGGUGUCAGGGAUAGUUGUGAUGCUGUCACCCUCUUACCCCCUGCUGCUGCUCUUCAGAGUUCUCCAGGGCUUCUGUUGCAAGGGAGCAUGGACAGUCAGCUAUGUAUUUAUCAUUGAGUUCUUUGGCUCAAACAACCGGAAGUUUGUCUCAUUGGUGUCCCGUACCUUUUAUUCCACUGGAAUGACCAUCCUACCUCUCUUGGCAUACUUCUUGCCCUCCUGGAAAACCCUGCAGCUGGCCAUGAGUCUCCCCUGCUUCAUCUUCAUCACUUACUUUUGGCUCAUUCCAGAAUCUCCUCGCUGGUUGUUGUCACAACGAAGAACCAAAGAGGCUAUGAGGAUCGUUAAAAACAUUACCAAGUGCAAUAAGAGAACUGUCCCUGAGAAUUUUAGAGAGUUUGAUCCUCUGGAGGAGAAGCAGGAGCAGGAGGCAGAGAUAAGUCUUCCAUCAUUCAUGGAUCUGUUUAGGACUUCCAACAUGAGGAGAAACACUGUGACCCUCAUCUAUGCUUGGUUCACGAGCGCCGUGGUUUUCCAAGGGCUGGUUCUCCGCCUGGCGAUCACCGGAAACAAUAUCUUCCGGGAUUUUUUCAUCUCUGCAGCCGUGGAGCUGCCCACCGGCCUCAUCUUUUACCUGUUGGUGGACAGGGUUGGACGGAGACCUCUCAUGGCUGUGUCUAACUUCAUAGGAGGAGUCGCCUGCCUCAUAGUGCCCUUCGUCUCAGUAGACUAUCUGUGGCUGAAGAAAGCCAUAGCAAUCAUUGGGAGGCUUUCUGUCGCCAUUGGAUUUGAGACUGUCAAUUUUGCCAACUCUGAGCUGUAUCCAACACCUCUCAGAAACCUGGGCGUGUCUGUGUGCUCAUCAGCCAGUGAUAUAGGAGCUAUAGUUGCCCCUUUCUUGCUCUACAGACUGGCCAGUAUCUGGCAGGAACUGCCUCUCUUCCUCUAUGGUGUCAUGUCCGUGUUGUACAGUGGACUGGUCAUGCUAUUACCAGAGAUGAGAGGCAUCGAUUUCCCUGAGACCAUAGAAGACGUGGAGAACUUAAAUGGGAGGAGAUACAGAUACGUCUCAAAAGGAAAAGAUGCCAACAUAACUACAUCAUCUAACAUAUUCCAUAUAUUUUGGUGAAUUUCACACAGUAUACACACACAUUUAUACAUGUACUGCUAUCUGUUACUCCGCGAGUCUUGGGAGGAAGAAAAGUGACAUGUAAAGUAGAAUUAAGAGAAGAG